CCUGUGAACGCGUUGGCUGUGGAUGAUUUCCGCCUCAAAACAGCAGCGCGUUUACGGACUCGGAUGUAACUAACAGCAUUCAUUCACUGAUCUACAACAAAUAUCAACAAAAUGGUGAUCCCUCAGUUGUCCAACACUUCGGUGUGUAUGAAGGACCCACAGAGAGUUCGGGACAUUCUCGAGUCUAUGCAAAAGGCAGGAUCCAACACACUCCAGGUGAUCUCAGACUUUGACAUGACUCUAACCAGAUUUGCAUUCAAUGGAAAACGCUGUCCUACUUGUCACAAUAUACUUGACAAUAGCAGACUCAUCAAUGACGAAUGUAAACUAAAGCUAAAGGAACUACUGAACACGUACUACCCCAUAGAGAUCGACUCCACUCGGUCAGUGGAGGAGAAGCUUCCCCUCAUGGUGGAGUGGUGGACAAAAGCUCAUGAACUUUUAAUUGAGCAAAAAAUAAAGAAAGAUGCUCUGGCCUUAGCGGUGCGGGAGUCUGAAGCAAUGCUCAGGGACGGAUACGAGUUUUUCUUUAACCACCUGCACGAGCACAGCAUCCCCCUCCUCAUCUUCUCAGCCGGGAUAGGAGACAUUUUGGAAGAAGUGAUUCGUCAGGCUGGGGUCUUCCACUCCAACGUCAACGUCUUCUCCAAUUACAUGGACUUUGACGAACUCGGAGUGCUGCAGGCGUUCAAAGGGGAGCUCAUCCACAUCUACAACAAGAGAGAGGGGGCGCUGUUGAACACGGGACACUUCCGGGAGCUGAGGGCGCGACCGAAUGUGCUGCUGCUCGGAGACUCUCUGGGGGACCUGACCAUGGCCGACGGGGUCCAGGACAUGGAGAAUAUUCUGAAGAUCGGAUUUCUCAAUGACAAGGUGGAGGACAGGAGGCAGUCGUACUUGGACUCUUACGACAUCGUCUUGAUCAAAGAUGAAACCUUAGAAGUUCCAAAUGCCAUUGUUCGCUUCCUCACUGGAAACGAGUGACCUCGCCUCUUCCCUGAUUUAUCCCGGGAAUUCUUUGGUUACAUUGACCUUCACUGCAAAACCUGCUCAGAAUGUUUUUAUCGUUUUAAACUGUUAUUUGACUUUUACCUUUCAUAAACGCACAAACCAGAAAAAUCUCCUCCUCUUCCUUGUUUCCAUCACUGUAAAAAGGUCAUAGAGGUCAUAGUGCAGCCUGUAACUAGUUUGGUUCAAUGUUGUUUACAAGAGACUGUCGUGGCCAUGAGCUUUCCAACUUUUACAAUAAAAAGUCCUUUCGGUUUGGACCAGACUAUUUUAUUGAGUUCUAAUUGUUUUUAAAGCUGCACUAUGUCACUUUUCUGGCAAAGGGUCAGAUCUGUGGAGAUGCGAGCACACGCACAGAAAAAAUUAAAAUGCUGGUUGGAGAGGGAAUUGAAAAUAGCAACUUGGUCCUGUAUUACACAAAAAUAAUCCAUGUUCUAAUGCUGUUACCUCCUCAGACCUGGAGUUGUGUUUUGUUUCAUUCACACAUGUCAGAGUAACACCUUUAUUAGUCUGUCUACAUGUCAAAAGCUCAGAAUUGUCUGUUCCACCUUGUGAUGUCAUGAAGUGGUAGUUUUUAAGUUUUUGGUUGUUGUUUUUUUGUGUGUCUUUUUUCAAGCGUUUAUCUUUUGUUUAAUAGAGAUGAGCAAAUCCAGGGCUGAAAUUAUCCAAAUGAUUCUAGUGAAGGUGUAUGGAGUUUAUUACCACAUGAUGACAUCACAAGGUGAUGUUUUCAGUUUGAGAAAAGAACUCAGCCUAAAUAUGCAGAAAUUGUGUGUUAAACAUCUGUGAAUAAAACAACUCCAGGUCUGUUUGUGAUGAGGAAACAUUAGAACAGAUCAGAAAAUG